UUCAUCAGGUGGCAGAGCGUGUGGAGGCGCUGGGCCAGUUUGUGAUGAAGACCAGGAGGACCCUGAAGGGCCAUGGAAAUAAAGUUCUCUGUAUGGACUGGUGCAAAGACAAGAGAAGAAUUGUGAGCUCUUCCCAGGAUGGGAAGGUGAUUGUAUGGGAUUCCUUCACUACCAACAAGGAACACGCAGUGACGAUGCCAUGUACCUGGGUGAUGGCAUGUGCAUAUGCCCCAUCUGGAUGUGCCAUUGCUUGUGGUGGCCUGGACAACAAGUGUUCUGUGUACCCUCUGACAUUUGACAAAAAUGAAAAUAUGGCUGCAAAGAAGAAAUCGGUUGCAAUGCACACAAACUACUUGUCUGCCUGCAGCUUCACUAACUCAGACAUGCAG